UCUUCUGAUUUGUAUGAACGUCAAAUCAUAACUUUGACAAACAUGGAUGCUCAAACGCACAUGAAUGCAGCCCGAGAAACGCUUCGGUCGUUGGGUCGUCUCGUUCAAUAAACCCGGAAGUGUCGAUAGAACCGACUCACGCUGCUGUUUGUACCUCAGGACAGCAACUUUGAUGGUGGUGUGUUCCUCAGGUGUGUUCCUCAGGUGUGUUCCUCAGAUCGCUCAAGUUGAGAUAGGAGGGUGAUUGUCGUCCAUGGAGCGAGUGAUGGGAGGAGGAGGAGUGCUUCAGCUGGUUUUAGCCGGUGCGGGGGUCUGGCUGCUUUACAGGAUCCUGCUGCGCCUCAGACCAGGAGCUGCUCUGCAGGAUGCCGUGGUGGUCAUCACCGGCGCCAGCUCGGGACUGGGGAAAGAGUGCGCGCGGGUCUUCCACGCUGCAGGAGCCCGACUGGUUCUGUGUGGACGAGACGCAGCUCGUCUGCAGCAGGUGGUCGAGGAGCUCACUGCGGGCUCGGCAGGUUCACAGACUCACACUCCCCGCACCGUGACCUUCGACCUGGCUGACGCUGACUCGGUGGACGGCGCUGCAGAGGAGAUCCUGAAAUGUUACGGACAUGUGGAUGUUCUCAUUAAUAAUGCUGGAAUCAGUUACCGUGGCAACAUACUGGAUACUCACACUUCAGUUCAUCGGGAUGUGAUGGAGACUAACUACUUCGGGCCGGUCGCUCUGACUCAAGCUCUCCUGCCCUCGAUGGUUCGCCGGCGAAGUGGCCACAUCGUGGUCAUCAGCAGUGUCCAGGGAAAGAUUUCCAUCCCUUACAGAUCAGCCUAUGCGGCCUCUAAACACGCCACCCAGGCGUACUUCGACUGCUUACGGGCAGAAAUGGAGCGCUACGGGAUCCCGGUGAGCGUCAUCAGUCCGGGUUACAUCAGAACCAACCUGUCAGUCAACGCCGUCACAGGAGAUGGAUCCAAAUACGGAGUUCUGGAUAAAACCACAGCGUCGGGUCGCGACCCCGGAGACGUGGCUCAGGCCGUUCUGAAGGCCGUCCGUCAGAGGAGCAAAGACGUCGUCCUGGCUGGACCUCUGCCUCAUGUGGCCAUCUACCUUCGCACGCUUUGGCCUGCGCUGUUCUUCAAACUCAUGUCCUCACGCGCUCGCAAGGAGCACAAACCCAAAGACGAGUGAAGCAGCAGCUCAGGAACGAGAGGAAAACAGAGAGGACAGAAAGUGAAGCUUUACACAGAGGUCACAUGGAAGAGAGGGGUGAAUAGAUCUGCAGAGAAGGGUCGUCUAAAUCUAAUAUUUUGGCUCUUUUUGGUAGUCUUCCCCGCUGGCUGCCUUUUGCUUAAAGGUCGCAUAUUAUCCAAAAUCACUUUACUAUGUUUCUCUAACAUGUGUCUCUAGUCCGUCUAUAAACCCCCCAAUGAUGAGAAAAGUCCAUCCUCUCUGUGUGCUCAAAC